UGCAGGGAUGAUGGCGGCUCCUGGCGCGCAGGACCGGAGCGCGGUACAGCCUACAGUGCUGCAGGAGAAGCGGCCGGAGCGGAGCAGGCUGGACGCGGACGCGGUAACGGAGCUGCUCAGCUUCCCGGGAAUCGGAGAGAUCAGCGGAGACGGACUGCAUUUCAGAUCCGCGGAGGAUUUGCUCAGAGACUUCGACGUGAAGUUAAACGCAUGUUUUGGACAUUUCGAGGCUGAAGCCGAGCUCGCAGACGGAGUGACUCCUCUGACAGAGGACUCGCUGCUGAAACACGACGAGAUCUGGAAUGCUUUGAGCGAUAACUACGGAAAUGUCAUGGCAGUGGACUGGAUGCAGUCUCGUACCCGCUCGCUUCAUCUCCCCGUGCUGAAUAUUGAGGACAACCUGAAGGUGGAUAAUGUGAAUCUGGACGUGUCUGAUGAUGAAGACCUGAGAGAGCAGAUGGAUAUGCACUCCAUCAUUGUGUCCUGCCUCAGCAAUGAGCCGUUCGUCACUGCAGAGCAGGUGAUUGAGGAGAUAGAGGAGAUGAUGAAGGACUCUCCAGACAUGCAAGCAGAGCAGAAUCCUAUUCAGUUAAACCUGGUUCGCAGAUCCACCAGUGACAUCUAUGAGAAGAGAGUAAGGAAUCUCAACGUUGCAGAGCUGAAUGAGUUACUGGAGGAGGUGGAGACGGCGAUCUGUCACCACUCCGAGGAGCUUGUGCGUCACCUGGCACUUAGAGACGAGCUCGAGUUCGAGAAGGAAGUGAUGAACAGUUUCAUCUCUGUACUGAUAGAUGUACAGAACCUCCAGAAAGAGCACAAAGAACUCCUGAGAAAGAAGAGGAAAAUAAAGAGUGGAGUCAGAGAGCAGAAUAGUAGACUACAGAGAGUAUCUGCAAAUUUUCAGCGCUUCAGCAUGGAGAGCAUCUCUACUGCUAUUCAAAAUGGCUUUCGCCAAACUUUCGGGAAUAUGGGAGGGGAAAAACAGUACCUCACUACAGUCAUUCCUUAUGAGAAGAAAGAUGUUCCCCCAUCAGUCGAAGAUCUUCAGGUUCUUACAAAAAUUCUUCAAGCCAUGAGGGAUGACAGUGACAAAGUGCCCAGUCUUUUGACAGACUACAUCCUUAAAGUUCUCUGCCCUUCCUAAUACAGGAGGUGAAGAAUUUGUUGAUGAAAGGCUGAAUUUCCACAGCAAAGGAUUUCCAAAUGGACUGUGAACUCAUUUGUACUUUACUUAACCCCCGUUUGCAGCUCUACACAAUGCAGUUUCCUCUGUCCCAUUGCUUAAAUGUCUACAAUAGCAAAUUUUGAAAUUUCUAAAUUUAGAGUAUUGAAUUAACACCCAGAAUGCUGUAUUAUCACUCUUGUAUAUGGUCCUAUUGGACUCACAGGAGCUCUUAAAGAGUUAAAUUAACACCAGGGAUUUUACUGUGUACACUGAAAAAAAGAUGCAUAUAUUAACAUACUAAAUUUAAAUUGAUGCCAAAAAUUGCACUCAAGUAAAAUGUUUUUUUAAAUGAAAGUGCCCUUAUAACCACUCCAUGCAGCAAAAUUAUUUUUCACUUACUGUAACUUCUAAUUCACAGACAGUGCAUACAUUAUGAUUUUUUUAGUCUAAUGUGUGUGUGUUGUGUGUGUGUGAGAGAGAGAGAGAGAGAGAGAGAGAAAGAACUUUGUGUUGUCCUAAAGGGGUGUUUUAGUUUCAAUCCUAAGGGUUGAAUUGUCUUUUUUUAUGUAUCCUGCAAAUGUUUUAAAUAACUGUUGCUGUUCUUAAAUGGCAUGCUAGUUAAGAAAAUAAGGGGAAAACAAACAAAAUUAAUUGAAAACUUCUUAGGCAGCUGUUAAUGUUUUUGCUCAGACAUUUUGGAUCGUAACUGGUACGAAUAAAUUAUAUUGGAGUGAUGGGGACAUAGCGAGUAGCAUUUUUACGUGGCAGCUCCAGACUUAUCAGUGUAGGUAACCGUCUAUGCAGUGUUUUUCUGUUUCCUGUAGACUCUUAAGUUUUCUCUGAAAUUUCUAAAUUGGUGAAUUAUCUUUUCUUUAAUAGCCUCUGUGUCUUGAGUGUGCAUGGUGCCCUUUGAUGGUCUGCUGUCUGAUCUACAGUCGGGUGUAUUCUGACACCAGUGUUCUCAGGAUUGCUCUGUAUUGACCAGGAUAAAAUGAAUCAUGAAUAAAUAAUAUUAUUGAAUGAAUAACAUUGUUAUAAUACAGGGUGAUUCACUCAAAAGAGGCCCCCGAAUAUUGGGUAAUAACUCUGGGUAUGAUGAAGCAAUCUGAACCAAAAUAAUACCUACAUACUUUGAUGUAUGUGUAAUCGAUUGCAUUACAUGCGAUGCUGGAAUUGAUCUCUGUUUUCUUCUAGAUACUUUUUGACCCGGCCCUUCAUGUGCCUUAACGUAUCGAAACCAGUGACAAUAUCUGACUCUUUUCUCCAUAUCACGUGCAUUGAGCUCCUAAACAACGGUGAAUGAUACACUUGCAAUUUUGCCCUUUUUUCAGUCUUCUGUGUGAGGGGUCUCAGAGAUUUAGUAGACAACUGCUGCAAGCGAUGUUGCCCAUCGCUGUUACCUUCUGCUACUGUAUAUUUCUGCACAGCCUCCGCCAUGAGAAGGGAUCAACUGUCAUUUCCAGUUUCCAUACCAUCCUCUAAAUAACUAUUUUUGAGAGUCUGUCAGGAACACUAUAUUUCUUCCUAAAUUCACUCUGACAUUGCUUAAACAACCAAUAGGUUCAUAACCCGGCGUGUUUGAAGCACCAUAUACCGAUAAGCACAUUGUACUUCAUUGUAUGUUUCAUUCAGAUUGCUUAGCAAGAGUUAGUCUAGAAUAUUCAGGGCCUCUUUUGAGUGGAUCACUGUACAGUAUGUAUCACUGUAAUCAAUGUAUGAGUGCUGUUUAUAUAAAUUAUAGUUUUUGAUAUAACAAGCUGAUCUAACUUUUUUGACUACUGAUAUGUUUUUUUGUAACUAUUUGUUUACUUUUUCAGUGGUUGUAAUUGCUGUGCAAGAUAUGCCUAUUGAUUUAUGUUUUAUGUUUUCUAAAUCUGGUUUCCAGAUCAAAACCGUAAAACAAAACUAAAAACAAAUUUAAAAAUACAAAUG